AUGCGGGCCAUUGAGGCGAUGCUGCUGACGGCGUCUACGAGACUCUUCGGGUCGAGCCGCCGGCAGAACGGGCGGGCGAAGAGGGAUACGGUGAUGGCGAGCCACGACGCGGCGUUCGAGGAGCGGGCGGAGGAGUUCGCGGGGGCGGCGCUGCUGCGCCACGUCGUCUGGUCGAACGAGCCCGACACGGAGUCGACCUCCCACAUCAUCCCGAACAAGCAGUGCACCGGGAAGGACUUCGUGGUGCCGGUGGCGCACCUCCUGUUCGUCGAGCUCUUCCUGCGCUACGACUCCUUCGAGGUUAUUUUUAGUAUACCUGUGGCGUUCGGUAUCUAA